AUGGCUCGUCCUUCCCAACAAGAGGCCCAGGCCGCCAUGACCGGCCUGCAAAUGCGCUCUUCUCUCAACAUCUACUCGGAUCCGGCGCACGCUCGCAAGACGGGCAUCAUCUGCACCAUUGGCCCUGCGUCGCGCAGUGUUGAGCUGCUCACCAGCCUUAUGAAGGCCGGCAUGAACAUUGUCCGCCUCAACUUUUCUCACGGCACUCACGAGUACCACGCUGGUACCAUUGCCAAUGCUCGUGAGGCGGCCAACGCCCACAACCGUCCCAUCGCCAUUGCCCUUGACACCAAGGGUCCGGAAAUCCGCACUGGCCUGCUCGAGGGCUUCAACGAGAACCCUCGCCUUGAGCUGGAGCUGGGGCAGGGCAGCCAGAUCACGGUCACCACUGAUGAUGCCUUUGCAGAGAAGUGCACUGCCGAUGUCCUCUACGUUGAUUACAAGAACAUCACCAAGGUGAUGAAGCCUGGCAAUUUGAUUUACGUCGAUGACGGAUUGAUUUCCCUACAGGUGGACUCGAUCUCAUCUGAUAGCAUGAAGUGCACCGUGGUCAACAGUGGCAAGCUGGGCUCGAAGAAGGGUGUCAACCUGCCCAACGUCAAAGUGGAUCUGCCCGCCAUCAGCGAGAAAGACAAGUCGGACCUCACGUUUGGCGUUGAGCAAGGAGUGGACAUGAUCUUCGCCUCGUUCAUUCGCAAGGCUUCUGAUGUACAAGCCAUCCGCGAGCACCUGGGCGAGGCAGGCAAGAACAUCAAGAUCAUUUGCAAGAUCGAGAAUCAUGAGGGCGUGCAAAACUUUGAUGAAAUUCUUUCGGUCGUUGAUGGCGUGAUGGUGGCCCGUGGUGACCUCGGCAUUGAGAUCCCUGCCGAGAAGGUCUUCUUGGCCCAGAAGAUGAUGAUUGCCAAGUGCAACUUGGCGGGCAAGCCUGUCAUUUGCGCCACGCAAAUGCUCGAAUCAAUGAUCAAGGCACCGCGCCCGACCCGUGCCGAGGGCUCGGACGUGGCCAACGCGGUUUUGGAUGGUGCCGACUGUGUCAUGCUGUCGGGUGAGACGGCCAAGGGUGACUACCCCGUUGAGGCUGUCAAGAUGAUGGCCUCCAUCGCCGUCGAGGCCGAGGCUGCCGUCAACCUCCGUGACUUGCGGGAGGAGAUGCGCAUGCUGACCCCGAAGCCCACCAAGACGACUGAAACAUGUGCCACGGCGGCCGUGGACGCCAGCAUUUCCAGCCAGGCUGCGGCCAUCAUCUGCUUGACCAUCUCGGGUCGCACUGCGCGUCUCAUCAGCAAGUGGAAGCCAAUCUGCCCCGUGGUGGCCGUAACCCGCCAGCACUCGGUAGCCCGCCAGAUGCAUCUGCACUUUGGCGUCAGCCCCAUGUGCUACGACACUUCCAAGAAAGACACCUGGGCUGGCGAUGUUGACAAGCGCUUCUCGUGGGCCAUGGAGAAUGGCAAGGCUCUCAAGCUGUUCAAGUCGGGUGACGUUGUUGUGGGUGUGCAUGGCUGGCAGACGGGUCCCGGCCACACCAACACCAUCCGCAUGCUUGUGGUGCCCUAA